AUGGGACGUCCUGUGGCUUCGGAAGAGAAUAAAGUGAUAGCUCUGGCAUACGCCAACGCUGUUUCCAAAAAUUUGCCUCCAUCUUCUCGCUGUUUCAUACCUCGCACUGGAUGGCUGUCGCUGUAUGAAGGCUUCAAGGAGUGCUGCCCGUCGGCGAUUCGCGGCAGCGACUCUCUCAUCGGCAGACAAGGACUUACGGAGAUGGAAUUCAACAAGCACAUGGAAAGGAACGGCUACAAGAAAACAAGGGAUCGUAGCACCUUCCUGCCAACGUCUCCUUGA